AUUUUAGCAGAUAAAAAGGUUGGGUUUGUGACUUCGAAUAUUUGCUGUUAUUUCAACCUUCAUAUAUACUACUUCAUGGUCAGUUAGAAGAAGGAAAAGAGAGGUGAAGACUUUGAAGAUGGAAAUGAGUGCAGUGCUUCCAUUUAUGGCGAUGAUAGUUCAGCAAUUAGCACAAGUUGGAUCAGUUGUGGCAGCUAAAGAGGCAAUGUCAACUGGGAUGACUACUUUCACUUUUACCUUCUAUUCAAGUGCCUUUUCAACUCUCCUUCUUAUUCCCCUUUCCUUCAUCCUCCAUAGAUCAGCUCUUCCACCUUUUUGGCCUACUUUUCUCUAUGGUUUUUUCUUGCUUGGCAUAAUGGGUUUCAUGAUGCAAGUACUUGGAUUUCUAGGACUUCAAUAUUCCUCUCCAUUACUUUCCACAGCAAUAUUGCAAUUAAUUCCAGGUUUCACCUUCAUUCUUGCCGUCAUUCUCAGGAUGGAAAACUUUGAGUACAAGAGUUUGAGCACAAUGGCUAAAUCUAUUGGGACAUUAGUAUCAAUAAUAGGUGCACUUGUUGCAACUCUAUAUAAAGGCCCUCAAGUUUUUGGAAUUAGCUCUUUGAAUUCAAUAUUAACAAGUAACCCUUCUGCUUGGGUCAUUGGAGGUUUGCUUACAAUGAUUAGCGCACUAAUUGCUUCUGUAUUUAUCAUUUCACAGGCAUUUGUCCUCAAGAAAUACCCUGCAGAGCUGGUUUUAAUGUUGUUUUAUAGCUGCUGUGUUACGAUUCUCUGUGUUGUUUUCUCUUUAAUUACUGAUAGAGACUUGAAUUCUUGGAGCUUAAGCCCUAAUAGAAGAUUACUGGCUCUCAUAUACUCGGGUUUAUUUGGACAUGUAUUCCAAGUGAGUAUAAGCUUAUGGUGUGUGAGGAAAAGAGGACCUCUCUUUGUUGUCAUGUUUCAUCCAAUAAGCAUUGUUAUUGCCAUGGCUGCCAGCAUAUUCAUGGGUGAAACUAUCCGUGUUGGAAGUUUGGUGGGAUCAGCCAUAAUUGUAGUUGGCUUUUACUCAGUGAUAUGGGGAAAAGCUAAAGAAUGGAAAAUGGGAGACAAGAGGUCGGAAUCAAACAGCAACAAGAUGCCUUUAUUACAAGAUAAAGCUGAUGAUCCUGAAGUUAAUCCAUGACAAAAUCUUUGAAGGUUCAAACUAUGCUACUGGACCUAAUGGAAGAUAUUUUGGGCUGGCCUAUUUUUGAACAAUUAGAUUGCAUAUUUAUGGAGCUCAAAAGAUUUCAUUCAGGGCCAUUUGCACUUUUUUCCCUGUUUUGUACUUGUCUUUAAUUUUUGUCCCUCAAGACAAAUAAUUUUUCGUGGAGAAUAAGUAUAUUUUCGCUUUAUAACAUCUAACAAGUUAUGCCGGAUCUCUUAAAAAACUUAUAUUUCAUUAGGCAUAAAUUUAAUUUUAAAGGACAAAAAAAUUAACGAAAAAGGCAAAUAAAUAUCCUAAUCUAUGAGAAAAGGCUUAUAAAUAUCCUCCUUCCACUUUUGAAUCAAAAAUACCUUUCAAACUAACAGAAAAAAUUUGUCUGUUUAAAAAGACACGUGUCAUUUUCUAAUUGAUGCCAAUCCAACCAAAUUUUAAAACCUAGACCCGUACCCGUACUGACAGACCCAUUUUCACUUGGUAGAACAUCGAUUGAACAAAUUUCAAAGACUCAACACCUCUACAUUCCAUUAUCUUCACCAGCCUAUCCAAACAAGCAGUAAACGAAGCAUAAUUCUCAGAAAAUAUAAUUAUCACGAAUUUCGACUCUUCAACUGCUUUCAAAUGCUCCUCUGGAAUUGAUUUUCCUUUUUUUUAGACUA